AUGGCCUAUUUUGAUCUUGAAACAAAUCCAGCCACUUCUAUUAAAUCAAAGUCAAGUGAUGGAACAAAAUCAAUCGAUGUUUCUAAUUUUCGUCCGGUGAACAAAAAACCUAUAGGUAAUGAUUGGGACGUCAAACCGGGUGAUAUACUUUCAUGGAGUGAUUACAGAUCAUCAAAUACUUAUUUUGUAACUGGUCAACAUCGUCUUCGAAAGAAUCGAGAUACAUCCGGUUCUGAUUAUUUGACUAUUCCGCUCUCGAUAACACGACUCUUUCCAUCUGUUUUAACUCAUUAUGGCCCACUUCUGGAAGCAGAACCCGAUCUGGUUGCUAUAAUCGAAUUGUCACCUACAGAUGGCAUUUUUGCUGAACGAUUUGGUUCACCAUUACCAGAAACGAUUUGUAACAGGAAUGAUAUUCAAUUUUUAGUUAAUCCAAUGGAAGAUAUGUUCUAUGUUUCAAUCAAUGGUGAAGAUAGUGAUGGUUUUCCAAUCGAUGGAACCAAGGCAGAAGAGAUCAUCGCGUAUAUUGGCAUAGCAAAUGAGAAAAAAGCAGCGUUUCUUGUCAAAUAUGAGAUAAAAGAACCAGAAAAAAUUAGCAGAUGGCCACAAGCAGCACCUUCUGGUCUGCCUAUCGGGUGGACUCGUAAAUCUUAUGGUUUCACGGUAGGUGGUGCUGACUAUAUUAGUGGUACAUGGAAAUUUGAAGGACCCGAGACAAAGAAAGAUGAAGUAUACAAGAUUGUAGAAAAAUACUACGAUGGAUUCGAUGUUCAAAUAAAUUGGGAAACUGAUUCAAGUUAA